CGUACGUCGCUUCCGAUGCUUGUCGGGAGGAGUUUUGUUUUGACGGUGGGUCGUGAUCGGGAUAACCAAAGAGCGAAGCUUCUAGUUCCGUGUCUCGAUUGUGCCUCCCUUUCCGCGUAACAGCGUACGUUCACACCGAGGCAAGCGGAUCCAUCCGUCCAAGUGUGCGUCACCUUUCGUCGGAAGAAGACACCUCCGCUUUUUACGCGUCGCACGACACAUUGAUCGACGACGUAAAACCGGUGGUCCCGACAGAAAAAGAAGAAACACAUGAACACCGCGGUACCAUGCUGACGGCGAACGCCGAUGGAGCUCCCAUCCCCAGACGCUGCGCAAACAAGCGCGGAGUCAGCUAGCGGCGAUGGCUUAGCGCGAAACGGCCUGGCCAAGAUGCCGGCGAACGAGCGGACCUUUCCGGUGUUCCUGAAGGAGUUCGCGCCCCUGACCCACCUUUUGAGCCAGAUACCGCAGCACGCGCAGAGGGGCCUCAGCAAGGUUGACGUCAAGUUGACAUGCCUGGACGUCGUAGCCGAGUACGUCGCCAUCGGCUCCAACGUCGGGGUCGUUUUCCUCUUCGACCGGACCAAGAGCACAGUGACGAGACUAAAAUGCGCAGAAAUUCUGGAUGCCAUCACCUCCAUAUCACUCAUAACAUCCGUGGACUUCAUGCUGUGCGUGGGCUGCCAAAGUGGCCUCUGUGUGGCCUACCAGAUUCCUAUGACGGGGACGCAGUCGAAGAUGGAGAAGUACAUAAUUCAAGACGUUCACCGCGCACCCGUCACGAGUGUCUGCUGGAGUCCGAACGCCAUGAAGUUUUACAGCGGCGAUGCGAGAGGAUGCGUCACAUGUACAGAAAUAGAUUAUGACCAGCACUUGUGUAAGAGCAAAGAAGUGCACAAGGAAGAGCACCCUGUGAUCCAGCUCGACUACGUGCCUCAGAGUCUCCUAAUCUCAACAACGAAAAGAACAGUCAUCUUCCACUGCACGAAGGAGAGCACCAGAGUGGUCCAGCUCGGUAACCACGAGAGAAAGUCCAAUAGCAACUUCGGAGCAUGCUUUGCACCGCCACAGUCUUACGGUGAACGGCAGGUGACUGUCUGGGCGUGCCGUCCUGGAAUGCGGCUAUGGAAAGGCACACCAGAUGGCAUUGUCCUAGAGACGCUGUUGCUUCGAGACUCCCUGAAGCAGGAAUACUUCCGGCCACAGAUGCUGAGCCUACCAAAAGAGUCCUACCUGGAGAAGCUUCCCGACUCUCAAUUUGGGCUGCUGAAGCCGUACCGGAAGCGCCUCCUGCUGACGUGGAGCUCAGAGACGUUUUUUGUGGUGGACCCUGCUGUGAGGUCCCUGGUGGUUGUGUGCCCCGGUUUUGUAAAUAUCACCGACAUCGCGAUCUGUGAAGAAGAGAUCUUCGUGCUGCAGGCAAAACGUCACAUUGUCAGGCUCGCUGCCCACCCGGAGGACAUAUGGGACCAACCGGAAGACAAUGAUACACUGCUUCCCGACAUGACAGCCAUAAAGAACACCAUCGUCACGCCGCUGGCCGAAAUCACGGCGCUCCUCCGGGAUACCAGGCUGCCCGACCCUCAGGUGCUGCAGAUCUUCAACAAAAAUGGAAGCGCGGUGCUGGACUGGUUCCGUCAGAAGGCACCCAGGCCGCACGGAAGCGACAGUGGCGGCAGCUCUCCCGGCGGCACGGCUCGUCGAGGGAGCACCGCGAGCGGCAACAGUCGCAUGACCGAAGCGGCGCUGGACAGUGAACAGGCAUCUGUCGAAAAGGGAGCCACGCCACCUGGCGAAGCCCUGUCAUACGCACAUCGGUCGAGAAGCUUCGAGUCGAUGCAGUUUCCCAACGAAUCGGAGGGCGAAGAUGACAUAGUUUUUACUGCCAGGAAGCGCAAGACCAAACACGGUUCAUCCACGAGUACAGCACAAAGUACGCCUACACUGGUCUUGCCGACAACAUCAGAUGAACGUCCAUCUCCUGUCCCCACGUACGACGAGGUCUUUGCCAGCCCCAGCGGCACGUCACCCUUAGGCCAGAGCAUGUUGAACAAGGAAAACAAAAAAUCUGAGUGCCCUCCACCGUACAGUGCCUCUGAGAACGAGCUCGUCUCUCACAUUCUCAGUCGUUACGGCCAGCUGAAGCAGCAGCGCCAGCGCCCCGACGAAGCAGACGCUAGCCAGCCACUAGACAUUCCCGUAGGAAGCAGCAGUACGCUGGCGCCGAGUGAUGCCGCCAAUCUGUCUCCGUCCCCAGCUUCAGUGUCGAGCGGUGCUGCUGAAACUGGCCUUGAAGCCGGCGCCAACGCCAGUGCAGAAGACUGCGCCAAUCCGGAGCCUGAGGACAGCCCAGAUUCGGAGCCAGAACUUUCCAUCGAGGACAUCUACGGCAAGAACAAAGACGCGAGCGAUUCCUAUGAGUCAGCGGAGUCAUCUGUGCCCGAUGUCGUAUUUCACGGUAUCGUUGAGCCACGCUUUCCUCGCUACGACUUCCACUGGGCCCAGGUCAAAGGCCCAGGCCCCGUGGUGUCGUUAGCCGCGUGCAACGGGUACCUCUGCUGCGUCGACAGCCGAGACAAUGUGUACUACUCUCGGCUCAUGGGACGCGAGUUCACCUGGCGGAGCGGGUCGCGCCCCAUGAACCGGGUGGCGCUGUCCCCGUCGGGCAACGUGCUGUGGGCCAUCUACAAGGAGAAGCUGUACGCAGCGCGCUCGCCCUUGUGCAACGAGCCCCUUGCCAUGGGCUGGGACGAGGUCGCCAUGAAUGUGGUCAGCGUCAGCGUCACCGAGGCGACAGCCUGGUAUGUGACCAGUUCGGGCGAUGUGUUUAUGUGUCCUGACGUGAUGGUUCAAGGCAAGCCCGUGACUUUCUACGGUGUCGGCUGCCUGUUUAAAGUGCAACAGGUCGCCUGCUAUGAUGACGUUGUGUGGGUGCUCACGACACAGGACACGCUCCUCGCUCGCAUCGGCAUUUCGCCGCAGGUGCCCCAAGGCACGAGCUGGAUCGAAAUACCCCUGCCUUCGAAGGGGAGCCCCGCCUGCAUUUCCCUGGGCUACAACAGCACCGGUUGGUUGAUUGACAGCGAGGGAAGCGUCUUCUUCAAGACAAACCUCAAGAACAGUGUCCCUUGUGGCUACAACAAGGAGUGGUGGCAGGUGGACCUGAACGAGUUUGUCUACCAGAUGGCGCCGCCUCUGGCCAAGAUGCAGAAGAACCUCAGUUCGGUCUUCUGCGCCGAGAAGAUCUCGCACAAGGUCCUCGGCAAGGGCAAGUGGCACCUGGUGGCUGGGAAGCACGGUGUCUGGUUCUGCGAGAGCAUGUCCUCCCAUCUGAACUCCUGCCGGCGGAACAUCACAGGGUACUUUUGGGAGAAGGCACAUGUGAAUCUCUUGCACUCUGGGACCAAAUGGACGGACAUCGCAGCCGGUGGAGUCUUCAAGGACGAGGGCGUCGUGUGGGGCCUGCAGACGGGCGGCCAGCUGGUGGCGCUGUCUCCGCGCGUGCGCAAGUGGUACGCCGUGGGUCUGCCCCGCGGCAUGUCGCUCGGCUGCAUCGCACCGUCACCCGAGUCGCUCUGGGCGCUCGCGACCAACGGCGACGUCAUGGUGCGCACUGGACAGACCCACCACCAACCGAUGGGCGACACCUGGGUCCCGCUGGACACCUCGCAGUUGGGUGAUGUCCAGCUGACACACCUCAGCUGCAGCUACGAGACGGUGUGGGCGUGCGACACCAAAGGAACGGUGUACAUGCGCAUCGGUUCACUGCGGCCACCGGCUCCCCGUACCUUGCCACCGGCCUGGGUGCCAGUCGAGUCAGGUUACCAGGAGGAGUCCCCAUUCAUAUCCUCGUCUGCAUCAGAAAACCCCUUUUCGUUGCCUUUUGAGAUUUCAAGGUUUCUGAAGCCCCACCUCACCAAGGUAUACGUGGGUCCCCGGAACUUUAUGGUGUGGGCGCUGGACAACCGCAAGCACGUUUACGUCCGCGAGGGCAUCUACCCGGAGCUUCACAUUGGCACCAGCUGGGUGGAAGUUCUGGGCGUUCAGGCGCGGCAGCUCUGUGUCAGCGAGAAGGCCGUCUGGGCGCUGACACCUUCAGGCGAAAUCUUCCGGCGCUUUGGCAUCUCCAAUAGCAACUUUGUCGGCGACUACUGGAAGAGGAUACCGGGCCAUGCUGCAUGUCUCACUGUGUCCGUCGACGACAGGCUUUGGGCCGUUGCCGCCGAUGGCUCGGCACUACAGCUGUCCACCUGCGAGCUGCCAUCUCGCAUCAAUGAAAUGGACACAUUAGGGCUCUCUGCUUCUGCUGAAAAGACUGACGCAGACAUGGACGGAUGGGAGCUCGUUUGACGCCCUCACUAGAACAUCCCUCAAACUUCUUGGGCAUUCCUACGAGUCAUCGUUUCCCACAGAAAUGAGCUUUGUGCUCUGUUCCUUUCUUUUUUUUCUUUCGAAUUUCACCGCUGGCAUUAUUAUUAGCGGCAUUAACGCUCAGUACAUUGAAAUGGUGCUUCUGUGGUAGCGAGCGCAAGUGUGGGGAUGUACGGUGGGCGUCAAAAGCUUGUGGAACAGAGGACUUGCGAAAAAGGCAAAUUUAACUCCAGAUUUAUCUUACAUCCACUGGCACAGGGGGGAAAAUCUUGAAGUCUAUGCUUUGUGCCUUAGGCUUGGGAAAUAUGUUCUUGAAUUUUUCUCAGAUCCUGUGUCCCGCAAGCUUUUGACACCAACUGCAGUACUUGCGUUGAAGCAUGUCAACUCCACACAUGUAUGCCCCAAGGCAAGCUACGAUUCGCAUUAAGCCUUAGUAUGCGACACCCGCAGUAGGGGGUCUUAAUAUGUGGAUGAUGUAUAUAUUCCGUAAGGGUUCAUAUUUUGAGCUUUGUUAAGCCUUAUCUCGCUGUUUAGUGGCUGGAGUAUACUUCUGGCGUGGCCACUUCUUCCUCGUCUUUCUUUAUACAAUGGAUGCGGUUAGAUGAACUACUUGUGUUUCCAGUAUACUAGUAUGUAGCUUUAAAAGGUGAAUGUUCUAUAUUUUAUUGUGUAUUUUUAUGUAUGCCUGGCAAUAUGGCUGUGACAUAUUUUUGUGAAGGCUCUCCUCUGUUUUCUAGGACCCACGAACUUUUCUAUGUGAAGCAGAGGCGCACUGGACAGUUAUUUAUUUUUUUACGCACCGAUACGAUGAAGAAGGUGUGCUUGUGGAGUCUUAGGACUGAAAUGUGACAUUCUGUUUUUAUUUGUUGCUCUGUCUUUGUUGUUGGCUCUUUGGAAUGCGCCUGCAUUUACACUACAUAUGCGUGAGGAAGUUGAGAACAGCAAAAGCUGAAUUUUGCAUGCUCAAAUGCUUAGUCGAUGUUGACUGCCUAAACUUAAGCUUGCCGUUCACCUGAAUGUUCGUGUGAAAUGUUUCGAUGCUGACAUUGAAUUCGAUGCAGUGGCAUUCGAUGCUGACUUGAGAAAAGACAGUGAAGUAUUGCUCAUCCUCUCUUCGCUUUGUGCCUCGAAGUCCCAAAUCCUGUAGCUUAACACUGCACGUCCGUAAGCGCAGAUGGGAAACAGAAGUUGACUGCCAGAUGGUUUUUGUAGAGAUCUUGUUGUAAAGUUCUUGUGAUAGAGCAGAUGAUUGAUUAGGUGCCGGUACACAUACUGUUCAUUUAGCCCUUUACACGAAUGACAAGUGCCUACAGUUUUUAUGAGAAUUUGGGAACAGAAAUCGUUCGUUUUGAGAAAGGAAGAUUUUAUGGCAAACGUUGCGCUCUCGCAUUGUGUCAACAAAUAUUGUCAAGUGAGUUUCGUUGACUGCAUGAAAAUAUACAGCAUGUUUGCAAUGCAUCCUGGAUGAUGUCACAGGGACAAAGACGUGGCAACUUCUGUGGGAUCUUAUUUCAAGCUGAACUUCACUUGCCAUCACAAUGUUUUAAAUUGGCAAACUCCAAAGGCACAUUGAACAUACAAACACCUUCAGAAGUUGCAGAGCUAAGUAGUGACAUUGCACUAGAGUUAUUACUGCUUGAGGGUUCCCUAUGAUCGUAGUUGGUUUCAUACUGCAGGCAAACUAGAUUGACCGUUUGCAGUACUUGCAUUCACUAGCAUGAAGUUAUACAUGCUACUGUAAAAAAAAGAAAGUAUAUAAACCUAUGGUCCAACAAAACAUUAACUAAAUGCCUCAUUAUGUUAUGAUAUAAAGGAAUUAUGUCAUAUGGCAUCACAGAUUUAGACGACAGCAAAACGUGAAGCAAUACAUUUCCGCAUUCCCACCAUUUCUGCACUGUACUGCUUGCACUCGCUCUAGAAUAUAGUGCGUCAUGUAUUGAAAAUGUUUAUAGGGCUCCGCAUAGCAAUAACUCCAUAUAGCCACAGUUCUAUAUGAACAUUUAAUACAAAAAUGGGUAUAGGUUAGGGCAGUGUUGGCAGGCUAAUGCUUUUACCAUGGCAACAGAUAUUGAUAAAGGCAAGACAGAAGAUAGUAUUCUGUGUUUGUUAGGUCUCCUGUCUUUGUCUUUUUAAAUAUGCUCUGCUGAAAGUACAGAGCAGGCAGUGUCAUGGACCUGUAUCGUCCUGCUGUAUAACGCUCACUGUGAUACGUUUUUAUGCCUGCACUGCAUAACUUUAGCAGUGUUGCCCAGCAAGUUGGAUGCUGUUUAGAUAUGGCAGCAAUGGCCGUAACAAUGUAGCAUAGGUACUUGGUGCUUUUUACGGUUGCUGCUCAUUUCGGGCAGUACAUCUAUAUUUGGACAAAAAAUAUGGUCUGUGUUCAUUAUCUUAUCACCAGGGGUAAAAAACUAACAUUUCAAUUUCCUCAGAGCAACAAGCUUAUCAGUACUAGCCGUUACACAACAACGCGAACUUUCUAUUUCUUGGAACUUGUAGUAGAAUGUGAAGUGUGCACUUCUGUUAUCUCGCUACUGUUGCUUCAGGAAACACCUGUCCACCUGCACCCAAGUGUUAGCUCUUUUUUCAAGAACCAGUACUGUGAUAGGAUAGCAGUGCUCUUGCUUCAAAUACUGUUCUUAGGGGUGUGCGGAUGCUCAGCACUUUUGAAUCACGAAUUAAAUGGUGUUCUAUUCGAUUCAGUCUUUGAAUCAAAUGCUUACUAUAUGUAAAUGCGAAUAUCUUUCGAAUACUUUUUGAAUAAUUCAAAACGCCACCUGCACCCAAUCAAACGUAGAAUCGAAGCAGAAGUAUGGCAAAUUUUCACCCCCGCGGGCAUAGUGCAGACAUAAAGAACGAGAACUUGUGUAGUGGAGCAGGCUACGUCGCUUAGGUAGCCAUACUUUACAGGCUGUACAGCGAUCAUUUGCACUCACUGACGAGUCUUUUUCAUGCGAAGAAACUACUUGUUUGCUCCUAAUACUCCAUUUGUGCUUUUAGUAACCUUCAUGCCGUGCUAUGUUAUGACAGAAACUUGCUAAUACUAGGAUGUGAACAUAGUUUUAUAUUGACUGUGAUAACGGCUGCUUGAAAAACUAUUUAAAAAUUAUUCAGUAUUCAAUUUGAUUCGAUUGUCUUCUGGCGCUAUUCAAUUGUUAUUCGAUUCGGUUUCAAAAACCCCUAUUUGCACACCCCUAACUGUGUUUUUUGAGCAUUAGAAAUGUUGUGAAAGUUGUGCUUUUUACAAUCACUCACUUUGUUGUUCUUAUGAUAGGACAAGUUGCACCUAUGUAUGCUGAAAUAUAAGCACAGUUCAAGUAUGCAAGUGUAGCAUUUGGCAAAGCCUUCAUUGCAAGAGAUGUCAUAUGCCUUUAUUGUUUUUAUUUUUUUCACUUUGAUAACAGAGCUGUAGCUUUCUGAACAGCUUUAGUAAUGUGCAUUCUGUGAUGUCUGUUGAACGCGUGAAAUAACUUGUGUUGUUCGAAUAGUGAAGCGUUUGAAUCGAAUACAAAUAUUCAGAUAUUGUGGGCCUUGAACAGUGAUCCAAAUUCCAAUUAUCUUUUUGCUUAUAAAGGUAGAAAAAGAAACCUAUAUGAAAAACAUUUAUUUGUUACGUCAUCUGGGCCGUGUCAAAGUGAUCAUUAAGCAAAAGGUUGUAAUAGCUUUUGGCUGCCUUCACACAGCUACUUGAAGUUGUCAAUAUACCAGGUGCAGUCAGGGUUACAUGUUUGCAAGGCACGGGUUUCACAAAAAGACAAAAAUAGUUGCUCACUUCUUGCUUUCAGCAUUAAGUUAGUGAAACACAGCCUUAGUUAUGCAUACUGCUGUAAACAUCAAGUCUGAACUGCAGUCUAUGUGCCCAAGCCAUGAGAUCGUCUUCUCAUAAAUUGCACACCCUGCAAACUUUCUAUGGCAAGACUACAAUGGGACUUUUUUGAUACCGACGAUCGUAGUAACUACAUAAUAUUGAGCCGCUACUGAAUAUUCAAAGUGAUGGAAUGUGAACUUCCCGAAUUGGAUUCAUUAAUUCAAAAUAGAAUCGUUUCGUUCAUGUUCUAGACUUUGUAUGUUCAUUUACUCUAGCAAUAACCCUAGUAGUGUUGCGUUCUUGUGAUUUCUUUAUUUAUUUCUUUUUUUCAUAGCCAUAGAAUUGUCUUGCAAUCAAGUGAAAGUUUUUUCAGGGGUGAGCUUUAUCAGACUAAUAGUGUAAGGGUUUUAAGAUGCACCACAUUUUUAUAUAACUCCGCCCUUCUAUUUUGGACAUCUGUAGCACUAUUUAGGAGAUGUAAUCCAGUGACAUGUUGUGUGCUUUGAAAAAGACCUUUAACAAAGUAUGUAAUACUGUGUUCUGUAUCCAUUUGUGGUUGGAUGAGGGAUGAGUGAAAGCUAUUUCUCUCUCUGGUUGACCCCUGGGUAUCUUGCCUGUGUUUUAUCUCGCACGCUGCUAAAACGUCAUUUAAGCUAAAUGGGCUUCAAGUAAAUUCUAUUAGCAGAAGACGUUACAGAGUUCUGGCAUAUGGGCCGUCCAGCAUUAUUAGCAUAUAGGAAGUGUCUUUCACUGUCUGUUGCUCUCAAACAGAUCUGUCGCUCACAUGGAUGGUUGAUUUGCACCGUUCUCAUUUUGCAAAAACGGCAUCCAUGUGCCCACCUAUGUAUUGGUAAUGUACCAUGUUUUCUUUUGUGUAACCCUCCCUAGUGCAUAAUGUGUACACCAAUGGCUUGGAAAGAGGGAAAAAUGAAUGUAUAACCUAUUCGUUAACAAAUUGCAGUUUACUGAAUACCGGGACAACAGGGAGACAUCUGCUGCAACACUGGUGAUGCCAUCUUGUGACAUUGAUGCCAACCAAAAUGUAGAGUACAUAGCCUCCGAGAUCGGGCGUGCACUGCCCGAUCUCUGAGGUAACAAUAUUUAUUUACCUAUCUGCUAGAUCAGUGUUGUCAGUUGCAGCAAUCAUUAGCAUGCAGUGAAUUUUAUUCCUCUUCUGUGAGAACAAUGAUGCAACACUACAACAUUUGUAGCACGUUUCAAAACAAUGCUAGAAGAUGACGCCACCAGUACUGCUGCUGCCUUCAGUGUCUCCGGUGUUCUGGUAUUCCAUAAUGCUUGGCAGAGCUUUUCGAAUUGCCUGCAACACACGUACCCAAGAACCCAAAGUCUGCUUGGGUUUUGAUAAAACCUAAGUGGCUGACAUAUGCAAGCACAAUGCAAGCCUCUUGCGUCUUGAAUUUCUAAAAUUUUGGAGGGCAUGUUGUAUCCACAAGAAUACACCAAACUGGUGCACUUUUCUCAGCGAUGUCAAAUGUACGGAAGACAUUUCGGCUCUGCUUCGUAGGUGAGAGAGUGUGUGGUGUUAUAAGUAGCGUUUGUUACCGGCAUCAGUAUUUCGUGUUGAUCUGCCUGUUUCUGGUGAAAAACGGUAGACUAUUUUUGAACCAUUGUUUAUAUAACCAGUAUAUACGCUUACCUGUAGCAGCUGUAUGCAAGGCAGGCUGCUGGUAGGCAGUAUGCACAUAUUCAUAGCUCAUAAACUUGACAUUCCGCCCAGCUGUGUAACACAUUGAUUUUUUUUUCUCCUGUUGAGAUCUGUAUGUCUUCUACCACAAGCAUGCUAAGAGAGGAAAAUUCGCCGCGGGGCCAACUCCGAUUUGCCUAUACAAAUACAUGUGAAAUGCAGAAGUAUUCUCAAUAAAUUACUGCUAAAUUGA